AUGUUGGCUACCCAGAGAAUAAGCAUCAAGUUGAAGAGAUUGGGUAUCAGCUACACACAAUUAUUCGUCGUUUCUGUUGUGUUAGCUUUGCUAUACUCAUUCUUGGGGACUACUUCUAAGAUAUAUGAACCCCAGCUUAUCAAUGCAAUUGAUAAGUACUCCGCCAACAUAUUACUGUAUCAUACCACAGAUACUCCUGUUGAUUUCAGCUGGAUCCAGUUUUUAGAUUUGAAUCAUUUCUUCGCCAGUCAUAAAAAGUUAAUCCUGCCAUUGAAUUGUGAAGAGUUUGCUAAUCGAAUUCAAAAAGGUCCAAGGAGUUUCUUCAAUUGCAGGGAUCAACCCGAUAAUAAGUUGGUUCCCAUAUCCCUACAACAAAAUGUCAAUAUGUACAUUGAUGAUAUGUCCAGAAAGAUCUUUGGCAAGAUUCACCUUUACAAAUCGUUUCCUAACCCUUCGAAUCUAUUAUACCUAUUCCAUGACAAUUACGUCAAAUUUCCUGUAAAAACUGAAACAAAGUUCAUGUCAUUGAAGCUGGUAAAUUUGAAAUCAGCUGCUUCAAAAUUGACUUCUUUCAAUCAAGAUUUGAGUCCGAAGCCAGUCAUCUCCCUUAACUAUGACGAUUUCAAUUACAAGAAAAACUUGGAAACUUUCUCAGAAGAAAGUAAAGUCAAAGAGCUUCAUUAUAAGUACAAAGACACUAAAAGGGCACGGAAGUAUUUCGGCGAAGCCUACUUAAUUGACUAUACUGGUGCGUUUAACUUAGACUGGAGGUUUUUCAACGCAACAAAUGUAUUGGAAAAAGACCUUGACUUGAAAAAUGCCAAAAUUUCCAGAUUAAUAAGAGGGUGGCUAAAUUUGUGUUCUAAGUUGGAAAUUCCAUCUUGGCUAACUGAUAACAAUCUAAUUGGCUGGCACAUGAACGGAUUACAUUUACCUUUUGAAGAUGAUUUCAGCUUCCAAAUCACUAUGAAGGAUAUCUUGAAAUUAGUGGAUCAAGGACUUAAUCAGUCUAUUAUCUUUGAUUAUAGUGAUAUCGAUAAGGGAAUCAAAAGUGAAAUGUUCUUGGAUAUUUCUCCAUACUUCAAAAUGAGAGACCGUAACAACAAGGAAAAUUUGGUGGACAUAAGGUUAAUCGAUCUUGAAACUGGUUUGUUUUUGAACAUCAUUGGAGUGAGCACCUUUCAAUACGAAAGGUUGUACAAUUACCAACAAAAGCCAGUCUUCCAAAGUUUGGAAGAAGGCGAUUCCAGAAGAAUUGAAAAUUACAUCAAAAGGUUCAAAGACUCAAGAGAGGGUUUGCUCAAUACCAAGAACCUUGAAGUAUACAACUUCGAUGAUUUUUCAUCCAUGAUACCAGUCAUGUUUGAAAAUCAAGUUGCUUACUUACCAGCCAAUUAUAUGACUCUCUUGACGAACAAAUAUUUCGAUCCGUUCGCUCAUUCAAAGAAAGGAUAUAUCUAUAGAGCUGGCAUCAAUUUGUGGAUUCCAAAGGAUACUUGCAAGCUACCUCCAUUUCUAAGUAUUCCAACAAUAGAGCAAGACAUGCAGUGUUUAAAAAUUGAUAAAGUUAAUAGGUUGCACAAGGAGUAUAAGAAAGCCACAGAAUUUCAUGAAAGUUUCAUGGAAUCUUUCAACGAACUUUCUGAUUACCUGGGGUUCACUUUGAAGCCUCUAGACUUUGGGGGGUUCAAGUAAUAAACAUUGUUCAUAGUCU